GCGUGCGCAUUUGGCGACUCUUGGCUGAGUGACCGUGAGGAUGUUGUAGUGUGUGUGCUGGUCUCUGUAAAUACAACAUAAUGUCGCUGAUAGGAUUUUUCCGGUUUCUUAGAUGUUCUUUACAACAGCUGGAGUCCAAGUUAAUACAGACUGCAGGGUUUAAUGAUAAAUUAGGUCCUGCUUUGGCAGUGAAUGGACCCAGCCUUCUUCCUCACCCUCAGCAAAUAAGAGAUGAAGAGAGCUCUGAGCCCAGUUUCCUGGACAGCAUCUUCUGGAUGGCUGCACCCAAAAAGAGGCGCACCAUCGAGGUGAACCGCUGCAGAAGACGAAACCCAAAUAAACUGAUCGAAAUCAAGACAAACAUCGAGCCAUGUCCAGAAUGUGGGAACCUUAAACAGAAGAAUAUUCUCUGUGGGUUUUGCUAUGAGAAGGUCCAAAAGGAGACGGCCAUGAUACGGAAACAGAUUGAACUUAUGGAAGGCCGCCCUCACAAUGCACCUACUAUGGAGACUGUGGUGCUGUAUGAGAACGAAGUUCCUCGUGAAGUAGACAAGGAAAAGAGAAUAGUGGAGCGAAGCAGAAAACGCCCCUCCUGGUUUAACCUGUAACUUACCCUGAGCUUCUUUUUUUGUAUAAUAUGUUCAAUAUUAAAGUACAGAAUCUGUAAAACUGCA